CUUCUUGAGGGUUUUCAGGAUCUUCCUCAUUAAAAAUCAAUCAAAUUCCAUUACAAUUUCCCUUACUCUGUCUCUUUCAAUUUCUCUCCCCGCCGUCUCUCUCUCUCUCUCCGAAUGCCUUCUUAAACCCUAAUCACUCACUCUCUCUUUCUCUCAUAAAAAAAAAAAAAAAGAAAAAAAUGCGCUCACUACCCAUCUGGCUUCAAGCGCUUCUCAGCGAGAAAUUCUUCAAUGCGUGUGUAGUUCAUGAAGAUGCCAAAAAGAAUGAAAAGAACAUCUUCUGUUUUGACUGUUCCCUCGGUAUUUGCCCUCACUGCUUGUCCUCUCAUUCUUCUCACAAACUCCUCCAGAUUAGACGAUAUGUGUAUCACGAUGUGAUUCGAUUGGACGAUGCUACUAAAUUAAUUGAUUGUGCUUUUGUACAAUCGUACACUACGAAUAGUGCGAAAGUGGUGUUUCUGAAACAGAGGCCACAGACUAGAAAUUUUAGAGGCUCCUCCUGCAAUCUUUGCAGCACCUGCGACAGAAGCCUUCAAGACCCUUAUCUUUUUUGCUCCGUUUCUUGCAAGAUUGAUUAUCUAAUGAAAACGCAAGGUGGGGUUUCGAGGCAUCUUUCGGAGUGCAAUUUCUUGCCAUUACCCGAACCGGGUUGGGACGACGGGAUUACGAUGACACCGGACUCUGUUCUCGUAACACCGGUUGGUUCAAACCGUACUUCCUCCGGUUCCGAGCGGCGGGCCGGAACAGAAGGGAAGCAACUGGCAUCGACGGCAACGACGGAGUUUGUUGAAAAAAAGAGGGUAGCUUGA